AUGUUUGCAUUUUCUCGGAAAGGAAAGAAGCUUGGCAGAGUUAAAGUUCAGCUUUCUGACUCUACUCAGGGUACACGUAGUCCUGUUCGGCAACCCAAACGCACAAACAAUUCCCAUGGACAGGGUGAUAAUGUUACAACUGGAAUCAAUGAUUCCGAUGAUAAUAAUCAAUGUUCAUCCAUUGCACCUUCGCUAGACACUUCCAAUUCCAACAACAAUGAAGGAUGGAAAAAGCUUUCCACUACUGGAGAUAAGCCUACACCUCGCUUCAAUCAUGCAGCAGCUGUAAUUGGAAAGAAGAUGAUUAUUGUUGGUGGUGAAUCUGGAAACGGAUUAUUAGAUGAUGUACAGGUUCUCAAUUUUGAAAAUUUUUCAUGGACAACAGCUUCAUCAAGAUUGUACCUUUCACCGUCUAAUCUUGCACUCAAGAUUCCAGCAUGCAAGGGUCAUUGUUUGGUUCCUUGGGGAAAGAAAGUGCUUUUGAUUGGAGGGAGAACUUCUCCACCAAGUGACAGAGUAUCAGUGUGGGCUUUUGAUUCAGAAACAGAAUCUUGGUCACUUAUGGAAGCAAAAGGAGACAUCCCUGUUGCACGAAGUGGGCACAGUGUAGUUAGGGCAGGAUCUGCUUUAAUCUUAUUUGGAGGUGAAGAUAUGAAAAGAAAAAAAUUAAACGACUUACAUAUGUUUGAUCUCAAGUCACUCACAUGGCUUCCUCUUCAUUGCACGGGACCUGGGCCUUCUUCAAGAUGUAAUCAUGUUGCAGCUUUGUAUGAUGAUAAAUUGCUUCUUGUGUUUGGAGGAACUUCAAAGUCUAAAUCUUUGAAUGAUUUAUACUCACUUGACUUUGAAACGAUGAUGUGGUCAAGAAUCAAGAUUCGUGGCUUUCAUCCAUCACCUCGAUCUGGUUGUUGUGGAGUGUUAUGUGGGACAAAAUGGUACAUUGCAGGAGGUGGCAGCAGAAAAAAAAGGCAUGCAGAGAUAUUAGUGUAUGAUAUCUUGAAGCUAGAGUGGUCUGUUGUUCAUUCAUCAUCUCAACAAUCUAUCACCACCAACAAGGGAUUUAGCCUUGUGCUUAUACAAAAGAAGGAAACAGAAUAUCUGGUUGCAUUUGGAGGUCUUAAGAAGGAGGCAUCAGACCAGGUUGAGGUAUUGAUGAUGGAAAAUCAUGAAGUAUCCAUGAGUAGACGAACAACCCUUGUAUCUGAGAAACGUUCUUCUUCUGGACUUGGUUCGGGGGGUAGUUUUGGAAAACAAAAUUUAGCUUCUGUAAUUGAACAUCAUGGGUCAGGUAGGAAAUCUUUGUCAGAAUCUUUAUUAGUGGAUUCAAAUCCUGGCAAUGGUAAUGUCUCACUCCGGAAAGAACAUGAUGAUGACAUGGCAUUGAAACUUUCAAGAAAUAUGGAAGAUGAAAGAUCCUCAUUGCCAAUUGGUGAGACUUGUUCACCGGAAACCACAGAGAAAGAACGGAAUGAGGAUUCCAUUCCGUUCCAAGAAACGGAUGGAAAGACGGGAUUCUUUCCGGCUUCUUCAAGUAUAUAUCAGUUGUAUGAAAUAAAGAUGUCUGCUUUAAUGAGAAAGAAUGGAAUUCUUGAAGGAAAAUUAGCAGCUGCUGAAAAGAAUCUUUCUUCAGUUGUUAAAAGCAAACAAGAAGCUGAAAAGAGGUUAGUGGACACAUUGAAGGAUAUGGAAUUGAUGAAAGAGAAGUUGGUUUUAGUGGAAAUGGCACAAGAAGAGGCAAACAGCUUAUCAAAUAUUGUUCAUUCAGAUCAUGUAAGGCUUGAACAUGAUGUGGCUUUUUUAAAAGCAGUUUUGGAUGAUACACAGAAGGAAUUACAUUCGACUAGAGGAGUCCUCUCUGGAGAAAGAGCAAGAGCAUUUCAGCUACAGGUUGAAGUAUUCCAUUUGAAGCAAAGAUUGCAAUCAAUGGAGAAUAGAACACCAACGCCUAGAAAACCAUUCCAUGGAUGAAUUUAUUAUUACCUCUCAAAUGGUUUUGUAAGAUAUGAUGUGAUCCAUUAUCUGUAUAUUAUUUCCACUUCUCCAAACAUAAAAUUAAACGACAUCUCUUUUGAUUUUCUGUUCAUAUUUUGUUUCAUGGCAAAACCAAAAAUGUGAUUGUAGUUAAAUUAAAUUGUACAACCUCUUUUAUUUAAUCAUUUUCCGUAACAUUUAUAUAUAUCAAAU